AUGACCGACUCUUUUGGAUGUACUCCACUACUUAUUGCAGCUUUCUCUAAGAACCUUCCCAUCAUUCGUUACCUCAACAGUAAAAACUGCAACAUUUCUAUACUGGACGAUAAAGGGUUCAAUGUAAUACACAUAUCAGCAAAGGGAGGGUCUUUGGAUGUAUUGAGGUUUUUUGUUGAUGGUCGUUACUGUAAUCCUGAUAUCACUGAUGCUUCUGGUCGUACUCCACUUUAUCUGUCAGUUCAAGAGGGUCACUUGGAAAUAGUAGAAUAUCUAUUGGAUAGUCCAAGCUACAAUAAACCACGUGUAGAAUUAGUAGACAUGGCAGAUAGCAAUGAUGUUAGUCCAAGGGGAGGGUGGUCAUAG